AUGCCUAUUCUCUCUGGAGGUAGUGACCUUGAUUACAGCUAUACUUCCUGUAGUUCCUUGAACCAUCUGUUUCCCAUCUCAGUGGUCGAGACUCCCUCCGCCAAAGGAGUCCACUACCAAAGGGCCCAGAGGAUUUACCGCCCAGAUCACCUCCGGGAGGUUGAUCUGAAGAGGGAGAUUGUCGUCAACGUUGGUGGCAUUAAGUACCUGUUGCCUUGGAGCACGCUGGACGAGUUCCCAUCAUCUCGGCUGAGCAAACUAAAGUUCUGCAGCACCUAUGAGGAGAUCAUCCAGGUGUGCGAUGACUAUGAUGAAGACACCCACGAGUUCUUCUUUGACCGGAACCCUAGGGCUUUUGGGAUGAUCGUCAGCUUCCUCGCGGCGGGGAAACUGAUGCUUCUCCGUGACACCUGUGCCUUGUCUUUCCAGGAUGAGUUGAGGUACUGGGGGAUUGAGGAGUCCCGCUUGGAGGGCUGCUGCUUCCGAAAGCUCUUCCAGAAGGUAGAGGAGCUGGCCGAGGUGCACAAAGAGGAGGAACAGCAGAGGACCAAAGUGUCGGCUGGUGUCCUGGAAGAGGAGACCAAAUUUGGUCAGUUUAUGAGCAAGCUGAGGGACAUGGUGGAAAACCCCCAGUCGGGCCUCCCGGGUAAAAUCUUUGCUUGCCUCUCCAUCCUCUUUGUGGCAACCACAGCGAUAAGCCUUUGUGUCAGCACCAUGCCGGACUUACGGGAAGAAGAAGACAGGGGCGAGUGUUCCCAAAAGUGCUAUUACAUCUUCGUCAUCGAGACCAUCUGUGUGGCUUGGUUCUCCUUGGAGUUCUGCCUCCGAUUCAUCCAGGCCAAGAGCAAGUGUCAGUUCUUCAAAGGGCCCCUGAACAUCAUUGACUUCAUGGCCAUCUCCCCAUAUUACGCAUCCCUCAUUGUGCUGGAUGAUGAGCCUGCCAAGAAUGACAGCAGGCCAAGUGGGAACUUGUACAUUGAGAAGGUGGGCUUGGUGCUAAGGGUCUUACGUGCCUUGAGGAUACUGUAUGUCAUGCGCCUUGCCAGGCACUCCUUAGGCUUGCAGACGCUGGGCCUCACCAUCCGGAGGUGUACGCGAGAGUUUGGCCUGCUUUUGCUCUUUUUGUGUGUGGCUGUCACCCUCUUUUCCCCGCUGGUCUACCUUGCAGAGAAUGAGUCUGGGAAAGUCCUGGAGUUUACCAGUAUCCCUGCCUCCUAUUGGUGGGCUAUCAUCUCCAUGACGACAGUGGGCUAUGGGGACAUGGUACCCAGGAGUGUCCCGGGCCAGAUGGUGGCCCUGAGUAGCAUCCUGAGCGGGAUCCUCAUCAUGGCUUUCCCAGCCACCUCCAUAUUCCACACAUUCUCCCACUCCUACUCUGAGCUGAGGAAAGAGCAUGAGAGGCUGCAGUCCCGGAUUACCAGGAUACAGAACGCCAACACCUCGGGCGACAGCGACACCUUGAACGAGAGUGAAAGCUUCAUUUCGGACACAACUGGCUCACCCAUCAAGUACAUUUACAAAGGCUAA